AAGGCAUUUAAUUAUGUUGGUGUAAUGUUUUAGUUAUUACUACUGCGUGCCGUCAUGCGUCGAGCAUGCGCUAAACUCGUUUAGCAAUCUGUUUGUAGGCUCUGGUGCUACCGUCACCCUUUGGGAAUCACCAUGGAGAGUGCCUUUCAACAAACGAUUCAACGGUGCUAGAGUCUCAGGCGCUGCUACAGUGGGGGUCACGAACGUGUACCGACAAAAUGCUGUCCAACCCGAGGAUGAUCUUUCGAGUGUUUAGCUUCUUCUAUUUCCUCUCCCGACCGCUGCUGAAGUGGUUCCUGCACCGGUUCACGAACCUGUGCGAGCUGCAACGGAUUUGCUACGGCUGCCCGCCCGGUGCAACACGCACGAAAAGAGUACAAAUGUCGCUCGAGCUGUCGAAGAAACUGUCGAUCAAAAAGAUGCUCCACGAGCUCGACGAUCUGGUGGCCACCGACGAGGACGACGAGACUUUAAGGCGCCACGUACAGCGACGAUCAGUGAGCUGUGUGCUACAGGCGAAAAAGAUAAACCCGAAAGUGCACGUCGAUUUUGCUCGAUCGUUCGACGCGUGUACGCAAAAAAUUUGGGGUUACAAGCGACUGUACUUCACGGUGGAACGGUUACGGGCCACCCAGUACGACAGCGAAGAACCGGAGCAUGAGGUAAAACUGCUGGCGCUCUGGAAGCUGCUGGUGGGAGACGAAAUGGAGUUAACGGGACGCAUUAGCGACCAGUGGCAGCACAUCGGGUUUCAGGGUGACGACCCCAUGACGGACUUCCGAGGGAUGGGCAUCCUUGGGCUGGAUAAUUUGCUGUUCCUGGCACAACAGUACAAUGGCACCGCGCGUCACCUACUGUCCCAUUCGCACCAUCCGACGCACGGGUACUUCUUUGCCAUCGUGGGCAUCAAUCUGACCUCGAUGGCGUACCAUUUGCUUAAGUCCGGCACGGCCCGCACCCACUUCUAUAACCAUCCGUACGACCACCUGACGGUGGACACGUUCCACCAGUUCUACUGCUAUCUGUUCUACGAGUUCGACCGGUACUGGGUCGAGUGCAAACCAAAGAAUAUUAUGGAUUUUCACUGGAUCCAGCGGCGGUUCGAGCAGAACAUCGUGAAGCUGCUGACCAACGAUGGGUGCUGCCUCAAGAUGAACCUUUCGGUUGAGGACAUUUGAGGCGUUCCCGCCGAAUGAUGCGCGCACUCACUCGCUACCAAUCUUUCGGACCCAAAAGGUUGAAUUUGUCAUAUAUUUAUUGAUCCAUAAUGUGUCCACCUUGUGUUCUUGCGUAAGUUCUGUAACCGUUCGUGGUUCCUUUCACUAUUUUGGGAUAUUGGUUGCAAGAGAACUGUUUUCUGUUUGGUUGGCUUCUAACGAUGCAAUUAUGCUUUUUGUGGUAAGGGGGGUCUUAUCGGGGGGCCUCUCUGUUGGGUGUAAUGUAGCAUAUGUAAGUUUUCGUUCGUUAGUUAAAUAUCGUAGCUUACGGUUUGCAGGUCUCGUGAUUAAUUUGUUAUUCAUAUUUUGCUAGUCUUCGCACUCCGCUGCUUGCCGCUCGCUCGCUCGCUCGCGAAUCAAAAAAGCUUUGCUCGUACUGAGCCCCCCAUCCUCACGGGAAGGUAGACCAAAAUGUUACAAAACAUCUUAACAAAGGAUUUCGCAAUAAUUGUAAUACAGCGCCCAAUAUGAAGGUAGUACGAUGCAAUCUUAUUACGUUCGAUAGAAUAAAA